UAAUGUAUGAAGUUGUAGAGGAAGCACCGGUCCAGAAAUAUUUUUUGUUAACCUACCUUCAAUAUCCUGGAAGGGUCAAACUGACUUUAAGUCUCUACGAUGGCAGAAUAUGCUCUAAACAUUGGGGACGGCCCCCGGCCCGAGGAUGUGGCCAUCAUCCGCGAGCUGUACCAGGGGAACCAGGACCAGGAGCGGUUCGAGGUGGAGCUGGAGCGUGCCCUGGACGCCCGCUGCCACACCAUCAUCAUCGAGCCCGCCCGGCUGGGCGACGAGACCGCCAGGUGGAUAAACGUGGGAAACUUCCUCCACAAGACGGCGGUGCUGUCGGGCAUGGGGGCUGUCCUCUCAGGCGCGAUCUGGACAGAGCGUCCGGUGGUCUCUGUGCCCUGCGCCGGUCUGUCGCUCUUCUGUACGGCCCUGUACACCAUCAGCUGGCAGUUUGACCCCUGCUGCAAGUACCAGGUCGAACACGACGCCAGCAAGCUGCUCAAGCUGCCUCUGCACUCUCUGAGCUCCGGCUCCCCAGUGGUACUGGUCCGACGGGACGACUCCAGUCGGAAGCUGCUCCACUGUACCGUCACGGCGCUGGCGGUCACCUUCUGUGUGUGGAGGAUGCGGCAAAGCUGAGAGUACCCCCCACGCUACCACCCCCGCCGCCGCCCGGACGCCCUCGCUAGGAUGGCGUCGUUCGGAACGCCUCUGCGUCACCACAAGAGAGGGAUGGCACUGGCACCAGUCGUUGCUGUUGCUUCUAAAUACUACGGUUGGUACGUGCAGUAGUGUGGGACAAGGCUAGUGCCGUGCCGUGGAUGGCGGGCGGUGCUGUGUUAGGCACAGGACAACAGGUAAAGAGGUGUGUUGAAGAAAUGAAAACGGCAAUGAGAUGGUAAGACACCAGUGUGAAGGCACCUGUGACCGAUAUUUUGAAGUCCCGGAAACCCGAGAGAUGAAGGGGGUUUGACGGACAUCUUGAGUCAGUUGUUAAGUACGGGGCUGCUGCGUGGGAUAGAAGACCCGUAAAAGCCAUGAAGUGCCGGGUCCAAUAGAAGACCGGCAAGACAUGACCAGUUUGGAGGUCUGUAGUGAAAGGAUAGUUCCAAGACUGUGUUGAACAUGCGGACAACGGAGCUGUUCGUUUCACUUUGUCCAGACAGUGAACGGACAGUGAAAAGCUACGUUACAUGUUCGUAGCGUUACGUACCGCUUUGUUUGGACGAAAGUGUGUGGGUUUUCUUCCAGUGAUUGAUGUGUGUUGGCUUAUGAGGUAGUGUUUGCGAAUCCAUGCUGAUUUGGAUGUUUGCGGCAUUAACACGGUUAAGAGACAGCACCUACCUUGUUGAGAACUUGAUAAGUGAAAUUUUACAGUCAAGUUAAAAAAAUCCGUAAGUGAGACCUACAGUCAUAUUACUUCAAUUUCUGGAAUGUGCUUCUUUCUGAAAGUUCGAACCAGACAGCGUUUGACUGACGGAUAUCCAGUCCUUUCACGUCGUGAAUGUUCCAAAACUUACGGCCAAUGCCGCUCAUAGCGCUGUGCAGCGAAGCGAUGCUUGUGUGGUCCAUGGUAUGUCGAUUGUAUGUGACUCGGAGUUGAUGAGUCGCGUUGCGCCGGAGUUGGUGAGUUGAGUUGUGCCUCUGAGAGUGCUGUGAGUCGUGCACGCAGGCGCUGUGAGUUUUGGGUGAUGUGAGUCGCUAUCAGCUCUCGUCAGCUCAUGUUGUGAGUUGCAUGAACUGUGACUGUAAAUGAAUCGUUUUCUCGCUUACUGUCUCGGCUUCUUCCCGUCCUCUUCAACUUUCUUUGGUCAUAUUCACAUUGCGUGGCCAACACAUACAUAUCUACCCAUGUAAAAAUUGUAUCCAUCAGGCUCGACUUUAAUGCUGUUUGAUGGCAAUUUUACCAGGUACCAAUGAUUCCUCCCUAAACUAGGCCUACGAAUUUCGAUAUUCCGGCAUAUCCUAACACCAUUUCCAUCCGGUGUAUUUCUCUUUGUGUGUCGUGUGUCGUUACAGGUUUGCAAGUGUGUGAUAAAAGUGAUCACUAUCAGUCGAUCAGUGCUUGAAUGACCGAUUGUCGUGUCAAUAUGCCCCAUGUCAAACCAGUAGCGUAAGUGUCAAUGCUUCCUUGCCCUCCAGUUUAUCGAAUGAACUGGAUUUGGUGACACUCGUGUGGGAAUGUGUGCUCUGCUUGGCGCAUUCGAUGAAUGUCAGUCAUUCCGUCUUGUCAAUAUUGUGUGCCUCUAGUGCAGCUUCAACCCAAGCAACCUGUGCACAACUGUACGUAAUGCAAGUGAAGGCAGCGAUGGCAGUCGUGUAACCCGUGACGUCAUCCAGCUUGUGAUGACGUCAUCUGGAGUUCACAGCCACAUCGACAUCCACACAGAGAAACCGGUGGUCGGUUUAGGCAUUGAACUAUGCGAAGUUGUGCUUCAUUGGCCCAAUCAUAUGGCCAGCUGCAAUAAGAGUGAACUAGCCAAUCGAGCCGAAUGUGCAGGGAAGGGGAGGGCGCAAACUGCGAGGCCAUCUCGUCGGCUAGAUGCUAGAUGACCUGCGGUUGUUGAUGUCACAAGCGACUGAUGUGCUCUUCCACUAGUGAUAUUAGAUGCUGUAAGGUGAUGAUAGGACUGAUUGACACCUAAGAUUGUGACUGAUUGUUAACGUGUCUGAGACUUAUCGUGACUAGGACUGUGACAUGGCAGUGACUGAUUUCACCGUGACUGGACUGACCGUGACAUAUUAGCUUAGACUGUGACUGAGAAGCCGCCAGUCCACACUGUCCAUGACUGACAUUACGACUUAGCUUACCAGUAAUGUCCAUUCUCUGAAAGUGACUGUGGACGACAGAAAGGACCACCACUAUGACAAUACCGUGUGGGAGACGUUAUAUCAGCCCAGAACUCCAGCUAGAACAGAAAUGUCCCACGCAUCGCGACGACGUGGUGCCUGGUGGAAUUGCCUGCGGUGCAGCGACGGCCCCAGACUGACUUUUCGCUGCUUUUGACGCGUUUGUGUUCUACAUCGUCCAUCGAAAUGACGUUUGGAGACUGAGCUGCGAAGUGUUGCGCACGUUUUCUCGCCUGCAAACGGCGAUCUACAGCAGUCAGACUGUCAGUAUGACGUGUUCGCGAAUGGUCCAGGAGGACAAGUCCUUUGGCCAGGCACAAACUGCUAAUGGAACUGUUGUGUUGGGUUUUGGAACCCAGUGAAGAGCGUGUCAGACGUGGUAAUAAACUUGUUCAUUCA